AUGGCGUCCGAAGAGCCGGUCACGCAGCCACUGCGCAUCUCCAAAAACGGCACACCAUCUCCCACCAAGAAGGACAGCCAGCCACGCCCACUCUCUGAGAUAUCAACUACCGAGAAGAGGCGGAACUCGCCCAGCUGGAAUCAAACAACAAAGAAGCUGGGCCUGAAUACCGAUUCAUCCCCAUUCCAGUCGUCCCCACUCGAGAAUGCUACCUCACCUCGACUCUUCUGGCAAAAUCGUAAUACGAGCAAGCCGAUUGAGAGCGACCUGUAUGGAGGCAGAAAUGGCUCACCUUCGCCGACGCGCCGUUCUUCAAUCGAGCGCCUGCAAAAGGCGUCACGUGUCAAGAACAGCACCAUGUUUGCGCGCGAACAAAAGCAGGAAUACGAUCCGACGCGCAUACCGACCAUUGAGCGUCCGCUAGCCAAAGUUCAAGGAUUUCACCCAGGACAUGGCCGUAGUGAGAGUCAGAACAGCGUCACGACCCUAUACAGCCCCUCCAGACUCAUGAACAGCCCAAAGCCCAACUUUUCUGCCCCUCAGACACCAGUCAAGGAGCAAAUGUCACCUAUCAAGUCCUCCAUGUCAGCUUCUCGGUUCAAGAGCAGUUUCGACUCGGCAUCUGGUGAUACCCCCAUGGAGUACUUUGAGACUUCGUUCGGGGACGAGGAGCUCCCCAAUGGCAGGUUCCUUAACCGAAGUAUGAAGAGUGUCACAUUCGACAAUGCGCCCCCACAGGUCAACGAGUACGAAAUGGCUACCCCUGACAUCUCUUCCAUCGACUCCAAUUCGCGUGAGGGUAGCUACGACAGCGAAGAGGAGGAUGACGAUGAUUACGAAAACUACCACCACAACCAGGACGGCGAUGUUCCCGACGACAGCUUCGAUGCCACUCUCGAGGACACGGACAAGACACCUGUUGUUGGACCAGAUGACUGGCGCCAGGAUCACGACAACCGCUUUGACAGCAGCCCCAUGCCGGAGAACUCCCCAAUGACACUUGCAGCUGGCAAACCGCAGCAUAUUCGCACUGAUUCAUGCACUUCUUCGGGGGAGCACCGUCCUCUUCCACCCUUGCCAGGCAUGGCUGAGCGUAUGCUUGGAUCUCCACGCCGUGGUUUGCCUUCGCCGCCUCCGGCUUCCGCCAGCAAGCUGGAGAUUCAAAAUAUCGGCAACGGAAAGAUGACGCUCGAGGAACGACUCAAGCUCAUGAUGCUCUCAGAUGAGACCAGCCCCAAGGCACCUGAUCAGGGAGCCAAAUCGUUUGCCGAGCAGCAACGGGAACGUCGCAUGAGACGUGCCGGAGCCCGUGAUAGAGUCGGGAGCCCCGAGCCUGAGCGCGACGCAACGGAAUCCGAGGCUGGAGAAGGAGACGAUACCAUUGGUGAGAUCUCCGGUCUUGAUAUGGAUUAUCAACUUCCUAGUAUCUCUCGUCAGUCCAUCCUGCAACGUGUCAAUGGCAACAAAGCCUUUGAGCGUGAGUCGGACUUCAACUUGAACUCCUCGCCUGCUCCGUCCAGUCCUGAACGCGCAGCCCAGUACGAUCCAGAUGUCCCCAUCGCUAGCAUCGAGGAUUCCGUCCUUGAGGAUAUCACGGAGCACGAUGAGCCGAGUGUCAUCGACAUCACUGAUGAUAAGGAGAGCGAUGUUGUUGAUCUUUAUCAAGAGUCGGAAGACGAACACUCGGAAGCGGAAGAGCACGAUAUCCAUGAUGAUGACAGCGACAGCCACUACUCAGACGAAAUUGAGAAAACCCAGGCGCCACAUGUUGAGGAGGACGCAGUUACUACUCCCCGAGCCGCUUCCCCGGCAGAUGAAGAAGCAAUAACAAACUUCAGCGCUACUCUGCCGCAAGUCAAUAAUGGCGCCAAGGAGUCGGACUUCGCCCGCAGUCUGCAAUCCUUCAUGUUGCCCAAGCCAAAAGCCGCUGACGCUUUCACACAUAUCGAGAGUCGUAAGAUGGACGAGGUUGAAGAAUACCACGAGAGGCCAGCGACACCACAGCAGGCAAAGCCAAAGCCUGGAUUGUACGACGGCUCUGGUUGGGGUGAUUCUGAAGAUGAAGAAGAGCCUGGCACUCCAGAGUCCGUUAUUCAUCAUCCCAUCGGGAACGAGACGUUUUCAGAGGAGGAAGAGGAGAUCGAGUCGCCCGCUAUUCCUGAACGUGUUGCCACGAUCAAGGCUUCAGGUUCCAAGCUCAAGACACGUCCUUCUGCCACACCGUCAGACCUCGCUGCCAUGCGCGAAGCUCGCCGACAAGUCAGUCGCGAGAUCCCGCUUUUGCCGGAGAUCCCUCCCAUCCCGGAGCGACACCGCAACCGCGCGUCGCGCGACUUUGAGGCAGAGGGGUUGCUUAGUGUCAGAGACGACUAUAUGGACCGUCACCCCAGUUUCAAGAAGCGCAGUCUGACUCUGGACCUCGACCUGGGACUUAGCCUUGACCAGGACUUCGAGCGCGUCAUCGAGGCACAAAAGGUUGCGUUCCAACAAAUUUCUUUUGAAAAACAGUUCUUAGCUGCAAGCGCCAGCCCAACCAGACAAGUGUCUGGAACCCGUUUAAUUGUUGCAACCGACAAAACCCCGAGUCGGAAAUCUCAAGAGGGACACCUUGAUACUAACAUCACUUCGCGACCACAGCGCGGCUAUCUCAUGCGUCACAACACCAAGGUGGUCACAGCCAGCGACAAGCACUCUGACGAGAGCUUGCGGGAUGCCACGCGUUCUGCGGGCAACUCACCAGUAAAGACUAGCAGACCCCAGUCGUGGACCGUCGAGCCUUGGAAUGGUAAGGCCAGACAACGCAGUCUCAAGAAACGACAUGCCCCAAGCUUGAGUGGACCAGUGCCACCCAUGCCUGGUCAAGAGAGCAACGCUGCCGCUCUGAAUCCCUUGGCUGAGGAGGAGGGGCAAACGGAGCUCGCGACUGAAGAGUGCGGUGAGCGAGGCAGGCUCUUCGUCAAGGUCAUGGGUGUCAAAGAUCUUGACCUGCCUCUACCAAAGAAUGAGCGUACCUGGUUCAGCUUGACGCUCGACAAUGGUGUUCACUGUGUGACUACUGCCUGGCUGGAACUGGCCCGCAACGCACCCAUUGGACAGGAGUUUGAACUCGUAGUACCCAACGACCUCGAGUUCCAACUGACUCUCAAUGUCAAACUUGAGAGGCCCGAGCCCCAACGUCUACCAGCUUCGCCAACUAAAAUGACAAAGCCCAAGACAUCCACCUUUUCUCGCGUCUUUGCUAGCCCUAAGAAGCGGAAGGAGAUGGAAGCUCGCAUGCGCGCUGAGGAGGAAGCUUACGCCCAGGCUCAGCGUGAUGCUGCUGCCAAGCAGCGAAACCUUGCACCUACUGCCUGGGACCUUCUUUCUCCUCUGGCCGCCGAUGAUGGCAGCUUUGCUCGGUCAUAUGUCUGCCUCAAGGAGCACGAGUCUCGUUGCUAUGGUAGGCCAUACAUGGUUGAUAUUGCUGCUUUCAACGAAUGGGCUACAGAAGACGCUGGAUUUGCCAGCAGUGUGAAGAGCAAACGCGCCGGAACCAGCACUUCGGUUGUCCGGAAAGCACCCUACAAGAUUGGCAAGCUCGAGAUGCAGCUUCUUUUCAUUCCUCGACCUAAGGGCUCUACUGAUGACGACAUGCCCAAGAGCAUGAACUCCUGCAUCCGCGAGCUCAAGGCAGCAGAAGAACGGCUGAGCCAGAGUUGGGAGGGUCACUUGAGUCAGCAAGGUGGUGACUGUCCUUAUUGGCGCCGUCGAUAUUUCAAGCUCGUGGGCACAAAGCUCACUGCCUACCACGAGUCUACUCGUCAGCCCCGUGCCACCAUCAACCUCUCUAAUGCGAAGAGGGUUAUUGAUGAUCGCCGCCAGCUGACGCAGCCAAACACCACUAGCCGUGAUGGCAAGCGCCGCCGCUCAGCCUUUGCCGAGGAGGAGGAAGGUUACAUGUUUGUCGAAGAGGGAUUCCGCAUCCGCUUCAACAACGGAGAGGUUAUCGACUUUUACGCCGACACGGCAGAGGACAAGGACGGUUGGUUGAAGGUCCUGGGUGAGAUUGUCGGUCGUGAAGGUCAGGAAGAUGAGUCGUCAGCCCAUGGAAGCAGGAAGAAGUGGUGCGAGCUUGUCUUGAAGCGGGAAGAAGCCAUUCGUAAGAAGGCUCAAGGCCGGCGAACCCACUCGCGAACAAAGAGCAUGAUUGUCUGA